AUAAAUGACUCGGCAAAGAGCUAGAACGAUACACUGCAUAUAUACAUUUUUACUCUCACAGUUUUACGCAGCAUCUGAUACGAUUCACACGCGAAAUUGACACGGAAUGUUUUUUUUUGCCGAUUUUUGCACAUAAUUUAUAGUGAAUUCCGUACAAAAUAACAAUUAAAACAGAAUCUUAUGCAGAAAAAACUUGUAGAUAAAAUUCACGCGAAGUUUUAUAAUUUAAACCAAGUUUUACACGAAUAAGUCCCCUGGAGAAGAAGUUCUCCGAAGAAGAUUUGCCCAAAAUGGCAAUAUUGAUUGACUGCGUUCUUUUGGAUAUGCUCUUGGUAUUCUCGUCACUUUUCGCGACGCUUUACUUAUGGCUAAAGUGGAAACACUCCUAUUGGCAAAGGCGUGGCGUACGCACGUUACCUGCACAUUGGUUCUUCGGUCAUUUUAAGGACGCGAUACUUAUGCGUAAACCAGCGGGAGUGGUCCUCGGUGAGCUGCAUCGGCAAGCCGCGGAUGAGGAUGACAUAAUCGGAAUCUAUAUCCUACACAAGCCGUACCUACUCGUGAGAAAUCCGGAACUGAUCAAGCAAAUUAUGAUCAAGGACUUUCACUUGUUCCCAAAUCAUCAUUUCGACGGCAGAAGCAAUUCCGACAAAGUUAGCAAUUGGAGUCUCUUCACUAUCAAGAAUCCCGAAUGGAGGCAAUUAAGGAUAAAAAUGUCACCGGUGUUUACGAGCGGCAAACUGAAAAAUCUCUUCUUGCUAAUGCAAGAGGCCGGGGAGAUGAUGAGGGAACAUCUGCGUGAUCAAUUCGCGGAUGACUCCAAGAUCAUGUCGAUACCUCUCAAGGAGAUGUUCUACAAGUAUACCACCAUUGUAAUAUCCUCCUUGGCGUUCGGGAUUCGGACGAACUGUUUCGACACGCCAGCACCGGAAUUUUUCGUAAACUCACUUAAGGCAUUUGAACGAACCUUUUUGAGAACCUUGCAAUUCUUUUUCCUAUUCUUCAUGCCGGAUAUUGGAAAAUAUCUGGGUAAUAAGAUGCUCGGUGAUUACACGGAUUAUUUCCGUAAGGUUUUUUGGGACUCUAUGGACAGUAGAAGCGUCACGAAGACAAAACGGAGAGAUCUGAUCGAUUCUCUUUUACAAUUGAAAAAUGAAAAUUCAGACGACACUCAUUUCCGAUUCGAGGGAGAUGUCCUUUUUGCUCAAGCGGCGAUCUUUUUCGUGGCCGGUCGCGAGACUAGCAUUACCACCAUGACCUACGCUCUCUGCGAAUUAGCCAAACAUCCAGAAAUGCAGAAACGUGUGCGAGAGGAGAUUCUUGAGAAGAUCCAGACCGCAAAUGGCGUCACGUAUGAAGCUGUUCAUGAUAUGAAAUAUCUACAUCAAGUGAUAAACGAAACGCUAAGACUUUAUCCAUCUGCGCCAAUUCUAGAUAGAUCUUCUUUAGAGGAUUACACGGUACAAUUACCUAAUACGAAGAUAACUAUCGAGAAAGGAACACCGAUAUACGUCGCAUUACGUGGCAUUCAGAGCGACCCCAGGUUCUACUCGGAUCCUAAGCGUUUCGAUCCUGAACGGUUCAGCGAUGAGAGAAAGAACGAAAUUGUACCUUGCACCUUCCUGCCAUUCGGCGAAGGCCCGCGAAAUUGUAUAGGUAUGCGACUGGGAAUUUUACAAACCGCCGUGGGAUUAAUAGCGAUUCUACGCGAUUACGAGGUUUCGUUAAAUCCUUCGUGGAUGUCAAUUGUGGAUCCACGGAAUGUGUUCACUUCUCCGCCUACCGGAUUNNUGCUGGAUUUAAAGAAGAUAUAAAAUCGCUAUUUGUCAUGGUGGUAUCAAGUUUAUAUACCCACUGAAUUCGCUAUGUACACUAUGUUGUAAUAUAUAGUAUAUUUUACAAUGCCGUUGA